CGUGAAAUCACAUGUCAUCCAUAAUGUAAUACUAUUGACUUCUGGAACAGGUUCUUUAAAACCGUAUAUCUAAAGUGUUUCACUUGUGUCGAAAGAUCUCCUUCCUGAUACAUAUCAACGUGUUUUAAAGCAGGUAGACUUCAGUAAAACGCUAGGCUGUCUUGUCAUACUGGAAGCCCUUUAUGACGCGUGGUCGAUAGAAGUCAUGCGUAACGUAUGGAUUUCCUGGCUCGGCCAAUUGUUAACAAUAGCGGCCUCGCUGAAUGUAAUAUGAUAUCAGUGGUCUCACCAACAUUCUCGGAUAUAGGCCGUGACUCAGGCAAUCGUGUCUAGUUUUGAAAGAUUUGAUAUUCAUUUGCACAGGGGAACGAGGAGAGGUUGGAAGCAAUAUCGACAUUGUACAACCGUGGAUACAGCAGGAAGGCAUACUUCAUCUAGUAACGGGAUAUCUUUGUGAUUGUUGAAGAGUGACAGAGGGACCGGCGGGUUAUCUGGCUACCUGUAUACUUCAUCAACAAUGGCCAACAACUUUGACCGACAGUUUUUCAAUUCGUGCAUACCGAUUGAUUACCCUUGCACAGUUGGUGACAAAUAUAUCGACCCCUGCAACUGUGUGUUCUUUUUUUUGUGUGAGACAAUCACCAAAAUCAUACCUCUAAGAUGCAGUGCGGGGACCGCCUUCAACCACGAAAAUGGCGCGUGUGAGCGGACAGAAGACGUGGUCGUUGUCGACAAACUGUGUGCUAUUGAUAAGCCAUACAACAGGUGUUCAACAGUGUCUGGUGCCGAUGUCGCGGACCUGCAGGAGCGAUGCACAGGGACCACGCCAAGCCCCAGCCCCAGCCCCAGCCCAGGGGCUAACACAGGCAACCCAAGCGACAACACGGGGGCAAUAGUGGGUGUUGUUGUAGCAAUUUUAGUCGUCGCCGUCGUCGUCGUCAUUCUGGUCCUUUACCUGAAGAAACGCGGGAAGCCGCUCAGUGACUACAUGGGCGUCUUUAAACGCCGGCAGGGCAGGCAGGAGAAGCCUGAAGAGAACUACGCCGAGAUUGGUGAAAUGGGUGACCCGGUUUAUAAGGAGAGAAACGGAACCAGCCCCCCUCUGCCCCCUAACCGCCCCGGUUUCACCCUCUCCCCUGCCCUCAAGGUCAGCCAGGCGAAACCCCCGGGGAGGGAUCGGUCUCAGCGCGAGGAUGUAGCAUACGAUAACCCGGGAUACGAUGAUAAUGACGUCAUACAAGGAAGGGCGUCACAGAUGACGUCAGUGACACUUACUGUGCCCGACAGCCCGGCUGAUGCUACCGGAGCUUCAAACCAGGCAGAGUAUUCUCCCUUGGAUGAAAGCAAAUUGGACUCCCCGACCCCUAAGUCCUAUACGCCUCUGAGUAUUUACACCCGAGGCACGAACCCGAACGCCCCCAGCGAAACAGGAGGUGUGUUGCAAGUGUCGGAUAACGACUACCAGGUUCCGAGGUCGAUUCCGGAAUAUUGCGAACUCCAACCAGGCUCCACAAGUGUGUCUUGAAGUAUGACGUCAUAAUAACUUACGUUAUACAGUGUUGUAUUUGAUAAAGUGCUCCAAAAAUAAGCAGACAAGUUGAUGAAAGAAUUUUGAAGAUGCUGGUAUUUCCAGAUCUCUGCAGAUUAUACUGCGGAGUGUGUACAAGGGGGCACGUGACUAUUGAUUAUAAGGUACCACGUGAUAUUUGAUCAUAUCGGUGCCAUUGUACUGUAUUAAUGGAUGUAACAAACGGAUACCCUUCGAGGUACCUGUGACAAGGCCAGUGCGGAUAUAACGAGGUCGGCUAUAUCGAACUCGAUUCUAAUCAAUGUAAUAGACUUGUCACGUGGAGAAGUAACUUCGGAUAUGGCGACUUGAUUUUAUGAGUCACGGAGUUCGUAACAACCGGAGUUGUUAUAGAAGGACUUUUGUUGUGAUACGUGGUAUUAUUUCUCCUGAAGCCUGAUGUUGUGAGGGUUAUAACUGAUGCACUGAUGCACCAACCGUGGCUAUGUGAGUGAGUGAGUGAGCAUGAGUGAGUGAGUGAAAUGAACUAGCAUGAGUGAGUGCAUGAGUAUGUUGAUGGGUGAGUGAGUGAGUGGGUGAUUAAGUGGGUGAGUGAGUGAUCGAGUGAGUGAGUGACUGAGUGAGUAUUUUAGUAACAUCACGUCGUGUCAGCUUGCUGUGACAGGAAACACCGAGCAUUGGUGUGGUGCAGACAAACCAUUAAACAUAAUAAAGGUUAAUCUGGGAUUCGAACCCUCGGAUUCUGACACGAGGAAGGACCGCGUAGCGUCUUUGACGACAGGGCCACCAGAGUUUCUAAGUAUUAUCUGUACAGUAAUAUAUUGAGGAAUCCAUACGAAAUGGUGGUAUACAUUAAAAUCUGUGUGACAGACAAAAAUAAAAUGUACCAACGACACAUUUGUAGUGAACUCUAUAAUCAGUCAGGAUAAUGGCAAUGUCUGUAGCACCUGUAGAGCACUGAGCUGAUGGAUGCUGGUGAUUAAGAAUGAGUGAGUGAGUGAGUGAGUUUGGUUUAACGCCGCUUUUAACAGUAUUCCAGUUAUAUCACGGCGUGUCAGCUUAAUGUGGGAGGAAAGCCCGAAGUGAUGCAGGUGUCAGACGUUUACCACUUCGGUGAAACCCCCGAGCACAGGUAUGGUGCUGAAAAAACCUAGAAACAUAAUUGGGGCAAACCGGGAUUCGAACCCACAAUCAUAGGUUUCUGGCAUGCCCAAGGGACGCAACUCUGCACAGCGAAUCGCGGCGCCUUAGACGACAUGGGCCACCCGUGCUCCCUGGUGAUUAAGAUGCCGGUUAGGUCCGGGCUUAUGAGUCAAGACCUUCGCAAUGCUGUACAGAUAGUAACUAACACCUAACUUACAAGCAAUAAACUGUUAUUCGAUGUAUUUGAUACGGGUAUCAUAGUUGUGUUUGGGCGACUGUUUCAGCCUAUUAACGUUUUAAUGACAUUUGUAAUUUUUUGGACAAAUCCAAUUUUCAAGUGUAUUCUUUCUUUUGCCCUCAGUUUAAGUGGUAUUUAUUAAUAACUGCCUGUUAACAUAAAAUUGAAUGUCAUAUUCAAUACCGUCUGAGCAGCGUCAUUUGUGAAAUUUGGAUUGGAGCGUGAUUCAUUGUUCGGGCAUGGCCAACUGUCUCCUCAGUUAUCUCCCUUGUAUCAGAUCCGUCGAGAGAGAGUGCGACAGGUUGUGCUGUCGAAAAUUGAGGGGUUUCAUCACAUCUUAUACCAGGAGUUGUAUAAUAGAGUCACUGUGUAGACUGCGGUCGCUUCGCGUUAGUCACUUCCUCUGAAAUCUCCCGUCACUAAAGAAUGUUGCAUUUUUUCAGGAGAGUUCUGGUAUUAACAGAACAAGUAUUUCUGUAUAAAUAAUGUAUAUUUUUAUCAAAACAAAGACAAUAAAAGAAUUAUUAAUAAACUU